AUGAAGGACAUCUUUGUGACGUAUACACGCGGCGACAACAUCAACAGACCGUCUGUGUUUAAACUAAACGUUGAAGGCAAUGUAUGGGACGAGAAGAGAGACCUUGGUGGGUUGGCUUUGUUUACAAGCUACCCUGGCUCUUUUGCAAGAGCUUGUUCCUCGGCGGAGCAUAGGAACAAAAUGUAUACAUCGUGCAUUGAUGAUUGUUGGCUCGGGCUCUAUGACAUGUACUACUCCCUCAGCGAUGAGGAAAGCUCUCGUCUCCCUUCAAGGGCCUCUUUGUCUCCCCGCGUUGCUUGGGUGGAUCCACCUCACAAGUCACAACCACCUUAA